AUUAUAGUGUAUAUGGUUGCCUAUAAACUUGUACAAAAGCUAAUUAAUUACAUACAUAAGCCAAGAGCCGGCUUUGUAACGUUAAUAAUAAGUCUAGACUUAAAACAUAGUAGGUAUAAUUAAAAUCAAAAUAGCAAAAGCGGCAAUAGAAUUCCUGAAAUAAAUGCAUACUUAUUUACUUAUUUAUUUUGGACGCCCAUUAUUAUUGACGUUAAAAAUAAAAGUCAUUAGAUGUCUACCUACCAAUCGCAUUGAACUUGUAGACCAAUACAGUGUCAAUGCGCUCAAUGCGCAAGCGUCCAUACAGCUGUCGUCCGGUUUGGAUCAGAAUUAAAACGCAUUCUUUGAUAAAUAGUAUGAAGUGAAUUUUCAUCAGAUAUAACAAGCUUACUUAGCCGGUACAUUUGGCGGCAAUGGAUUCCAUAAGAGAGCUGCACUCAAAAUGGGACCAGAUUUUCGACGUCAAAGAAUGGGUAGCUUUUAAACCUGUCGAGGGCACCUACGUAUAUCCGUGCUACUCCUGUAAAUACUUGUUUUCCUCCAAGAAAUCAUUUCUUGAUCACAUCAACAGGAGAACCGUUUUAUUGAAAUUCACUUGUUCAGACUGUGACAAUAUUGCUUUGACAUUUUACAAUAGGUGUUUAUUCUUACUACAUUGCCGCAAGCACUAUAAUGUGCAAAAGGGUAAAGUAAAUCUCAAAAAUUUGCAAAUAUCACCAUUGCCUUUGGAAUUGCUUGGAUUUUUCAAGGUGCCCGCAGUCCCUUACCUAUUUGAUGUAGAAGAAGAUUUAAUUUCUGAUGAUGGCUUCAUGAACUCCCAAUUCUACACUCCCAACCCAGAAGAUAAAGGCAAAGCAAUCGUUACUCUAAGGCCUACCAAUUUAGUGAUUGAACGGACGACCCCUGAUGGCGACAUUCAAUCAUUAGCUUUGAAACAAGUUGCCAAAAAUAUCCCCAAAUGCCAAUUUAUCACUUUGCAAGCCUAUAAAGAAAUCCAAGCUAAUAUGGCAGCUCUUAACCAAUCAUCAGUGGUAGAAGUUAAAAAUGAAACAUCUGAGGAGAUAACAUUUAGAAGCUUGGAAACAGUAUCUAUAAGCAAUUCUUCAAGCGAAUCUGAUCUACUUACCAUAUCAGAACCAGAACCAUCUGAGCCGGAAGAAGCGACAAAUCCACUACUUCUAGUGAAAGUAGAAACUGUGGAUGAACAAAAUACAAGUGUAGAUAAUGAUAUAAGUUUAGAGAAUGGGGAACAAUUAAACAAUUGUACUUCUUCGCUGGACCAAUGUCCCGAGUGCAAAACUCCAGUUCUCGUUGGCCUUCAAAGUCAUUUUUUGGGCGAUAAUAAACCAUCAGAAAUCACGUUGCGUUGUCUCACCUGUAAGCUCAUUGCCCCUACAUUAUGCUCAUAUCAAGCACAUGAAAGGCUUCAUCUACAACAACCCCCAUAUGUCUGUCCUGAUUGCGGAAUCGAAUAUGAAUCAAGGCCGGAUUUAGUGGAACACUUGGACAUUGUUUGCUUCCAUACGGCCAAAUCUUUGAGGAUCAAAUGUCCUGGCAGACGGUGCGGUAAAGUUUUCGCUUCAGAAGCUACUUUUGGACUGCAUUUUCGACAGGCCCACGUGCACUCUUUUUACUUAUGUGGUACUUGUGAAACUCCCUUCAAUAAUUUGCAAGAAUGUGAGGAACAUUGUCAAAUUCACGAAGAACGAGAAAAUGAUUUUGAUAAGUUUUUUACUUGUCCUAGUUGCACCCAAGAUGCAAUGACAACUUCAGACAUAAAAAGGCAUAUUGAGAAUCAUUGUACUGAUCUUUGUCGUUAUAUUUACAUAUAUAUGUGCAAAUAUUGCAAAGGCUAUUUCAGGUCUCUCCAAACUAUGAGUAACCAUGCACACAACUGUAAAGUUCACAAACUUGGUUUACCUACGCGAGCCCGUUCAAAUCCUUCGACCCUUUCCAAUCCUUCAACCCUUUCCAGUUCCAAGUUUUCUUCCAAAUAUGCGUCAGGUCAAUGCAAAGGUUGUUUUACCAAAAUCAUCUUCCCAAAUAACAAGCCUAUUAAUUAUUGUAAAAAAUGCUAUAUAAAGCCCAUCCAAAAUCCUAGCUCUAAAUGGUUUUGCGUCCUUUGUAAAGACUUCAUAGAUAUAAAUGAAAAAGAGAAACACAAGAGAGAAUGUAAAUUUUCAACUCCUCGUGUUGUAUUGGAUAAAAUUAAUUUGGAAAAAGUACUGGAACAAAAGCAGAAUGGAAACUCAAGCAACAUGAAUGAUCAUAGUAAAAGUCGUAAAAGUGAUUCCAGUCCAGAUGAAAAUCGUACCAGAAAACGACUGAGAUACAUCAAACCCAAAAAGCCCGAAAUCGUCGACGACCCAACAGCAGAAGAAGCCACCCUGUUCAAUGGAAUCUACAAUUGUCGCUUAUGCGACUUCACAGAAUCACAACGAUCAAUUUUUCAUGACCACGUUAAAAAUCACAGAACCAUUAAAACUUAUUAUCAAUGCAUGGAAUGCGGUGAAUGUUUUAUAGUGAAACCAUCAUUGAUGAAGCAUUUGUUGCACUUCCACCACAUUACCAAUUUGGAGAAGUAUUUUCAGGAAAAUGAUUGUUUCGAUGAAGAGGCUGUAAAUGAGCUAGCCAGAGUUUCUAAAGCUCCUUAUCUAGCUAAUAUUGUCUGUGCAAAUCAAUGUAGGGUAUGUUUGGAGCAAUUCAACAAUACCGAAGAACAUGACAAUCAUUUUAGGAUUCAUGGGAUGGCUUUUUUGAUGAAGAGUUCUCUUUAGGAUAAGUUUGCUUGUUGAAAAUAUAAUAAUGGUAUUUUUAAUACCUCAGCGGAAAUUAGAUUCUAGGUGUAGUUUUAAUUCAGGAUGUUAGUGAUAUUGUGAAAGUCAGACUGGAUGAUUACUCGGCGUGCCUUUUUUCUGCAAUAUUUCGCUGAAGUAUUAAAAAGACAAUAGUCUUAAAUAUCUCAUAAGGAGAAGUACCUAUUUUUUUUACAGAGUUGGCAUUGUGAAGAAUCCUUCACUUUUAUUAUAAUAUUUUAGCUAGUUUUUUUGAGCUUGUAUUGUUUCAAGACACUAUACUUAUUCUUUGAUGUAAAGAUUAAGUAAACUUUACAGGAAGUAUUAAUAAUUAAUUAAAAAUGUUUUUGUUUUAAAACAAUGAGUUUCAUUAACAAAUUUUAAGAAAAUGUUGACAACUAUGAUAUGAAUUGAUGAAAUUGCUAGUUCACUUUUUUCUUCUUUUUAAGCCUUAUAGGUAAGCAUAGGCCUGAUGAUGGUUGUGUAGAUCCACAUACCUAUCUUGGGGGAGAACCCAUAGUACGUCUACACUGUACAUAGGCGAUAUAUGCUUUCUGUCUAAUCGAGUGUCACUAUCAGAUAUUUGACCUCCGCGGCAAAACUUAGUUCGUUUUUUGAGAGUCUGGGUGCUGUCGGAAGUACCAGUUUCCUCUUUCUUGUGAAUAGGACCAUUUCAGGCUUUUUGGGGUUGAUGGACAGAGUGUAUUCCAUUUACCAUAUUUCUAUAAUUGCCCUGCGGACAGCAUGUUCUGACUAUUCCUUUAUUGUUGACGUCCUGCACACUUAUUUGUACAAUUCUUUUGGGACGCAUAUUGAAUAUCCAUCCGGUAACAGUUUCCAGAGUAUUCUUUUCUGUUAGCGAGUGGCUAAUUUUUUGAAAGGUGGUUUUGUCAAAGGCCCCCAAUGUCGAUGAAAACCCCGAAGGUGGACUCUCUGUUGUCCAGCAAUUUUUCCACUUGCCCAGCAACCAAGUGGAGAGCUGUGUCCGUUGAUGCGUGUUGAUUAGGGUGGAGUGGAUUGGUUGACAACACUUCAUCCCUUAUGUACCUUUCGCAUGAUCUUUUAUGCAAGUGACCAUUUAGUUGGGUGAUUUUAAUGAACACUCCAGAUAUUAUAGGGCUUAUAGGAGAUGAGACGGUAGAGCAGAACUACGAGUGAUAAUCAAUUUCCUGGGAACUGAACUACAAAUGAUUAAUCUACUCUUACAUAGUUGAAAAUAAAACAAUUUCUUAUAAAUAAAUAUUUCUCUUUAUAUACAUAAAACAUUUGUUACAAAAUUUUUAAAUAAUGUAAUACUAUACAAGUAAGUAUAUAGGUAGGUACAUAAUCUAAUCGUCUUUUUCUUCACUAAAAUACUCUUUAAUAACUCUAGCCAACUUAACCGAAGGUCCAUAAACAGCCCAUACCAGCGGAUAAGUAACAGUCAACAAGGCAAAAUAAAAAGUCGUAUCGCUUUGCAACGACUUCUUACCAAACCAUCUAGUGUACACGCUUAAAACUAGAGCCAAAGCCCCAAAACUAAAGGCCAAGGUCCCAGAAGAAACGUGCACAAACUUGACUAACCUAGGAUAAGAAAUAUAGUUGGAUAGUUCUUUUUUGUACCACAACAAUAAUCCGUUGAUCACCGGAGGGAAGGUGCUGACUAUCCCUAUGAGACCAAAGAUUGCGUGCCAACUGGUAAAGUGACUUUUGUUGUUGUUUUCUUUGUUUAGGUAUACUAUAACGAAUCCGAUUAUUGAUAAAAUGUAUCCUAUGGCUAAGAUGGUUACGUGGAUUUUUACUCGAAAGCCUCCUUUUGUUUUCAAGCGCCAAUAAGUGUUGUAUUUGUUGAUUGAGUAGAAACCUUCAGUCAUCAUCAACAUCCA